AUGGUCAUGUUGUUGAGUGCCACCAACUUUCCCUGGGAUAUUGACGAUGCGAUGAGAAGACGGUUGGAGAAGAGGAUUUAUAUUCCCCUGCCAUCGCUGAGUGAUCGGAUUGCCAUUUUAUCCCUCUAUUUGAGUGGGGUUACUUUGGCUGGGGAUGUCGACUUUGAGGCUUCUGCUGUUCUGAUGGAGGGAUAUUCCGGCUCGGAUAUUAGAAAUGUGUGCAGAGACGCUGCCAUGAUGGGAAUAAGGAGGAAGAUUGGUGAUUUGACUGUGGACGAGAUUAAACUCAUUCCAAAGGACGAAAUGAAUGUCCCGAUGGUGAUGGACGAUCUCCGCAGUGCCAUUAAAAAUGUAAACAAAACUGUCUCGUCAGCUGACUUAAUAAAGUAUGAGAAAUGGGUCAAUGAAUAUGGCUCAUGUUGA